AUGGCCCCUACAGGGACUGAAGACAUCUUCCGUCUGGUUGAGACGAUAAGACAGUCCGGCCCGGUUGAUGCAACAGCACCGUACGAGGCAGAUGGUGUCGCCGGCAAGACAAUUGUAAUCACGGGAGGCGCCUCGGGAUUCGGAGCAGCGUUCGCAAGGCAUUGGGCAAAACACGGCGCCUAUCUCAUAUUGGGGGACAUCAACGACAAAGGGGGUGAGGAGCUGGUCGCGGAACUCCGCUCAAGCACGGGGUCAGAGAAUCACCACUACCAUCACUGCGAUGUAACAGAUUGGAAAAGUCAAGUGGCGUUCUUUCAGGCGGCCGUGAGGCUCAGCGGAACCGGUGGCAUCGAUGCCGUGGUUGCCAACGCCGGCAUCAGGGAGGUGCAGAACGCGGCAUCUGGCAUGGGCUUCGAGAAUCCGACUGAGGACCUUGCCACGGACGCGAGCCCUCCGCCGCCAAACCUGAAGGUCAUGGACGUCAACCUCACAGGCGUCCUCUACACAGUGCACCUAGCCCUGUUCUGGCUGCAGAAGAACGGCGCUGGAAAACAGCACGGCGGGCUGGCGACGGAGCCGCCAACGCGCGCCGAGCGGCCCCGGGACCGCCAUCUGCUGCUCAUCAGCUCCGUGGCUGGCAUCGCGGCCUUGCCGGGCCAACCUCUCUACGCGGCGACAAAGCACGCCCUCGUGGGCCUCUUCCGCUCGCUGCGCGGCACCGUCUGGCGGCAGGGCGUGCGCAUCAACAUGGUCUGUCCGUUCUACGUGGGAACAGACUUCAUACCGAACCGGGGCCUGAUGAUGCUCGCGGGCGGGGGCUCAACGAAGGUGGAGGAUGUGGUGGACGCGAGCACGCGGCUGAUGGCCGACGAGGGCAUCGUGGGCAGAUCGCUUGUGGUAGGGCCGAAGCUGGACCUGGUGGAUGGCGAGGACGGACAGCCGGAAGUCGUCCCAUCCGGGGCCGAGAAGAGGCAGCAGGCCGUUUGGGAAGCCUACGCCCACGACUACGACAGCGUCGACAUAUUUGUCUACCGGUACACGAAGCUGGUGAACGCAGUCCACAGGAUAAGGGGCUGGGUGGGCCUUGUCAAGGACGUCUUGAAUAUCUACCUCUACCGGAAGGAUCCUACGCCCCAAGCGGCUUCAUGA